AACACUUUUUUGACCAACAACACAGCUUCCCAGUCAGGAGCAGAUAUUUACGGAGGUCUGUUGGACAGGUGUACAGUGGAUGUAUCAGCCGAACUCUCUUCAUCAGACAAUGGAUUUGAGUACUUGAACAAUACUGUGCAUUAUUCAUCGAUAGCUUCGAAGGCUGUAAGAGUGAAGUUGUGUAACACCACCAAGCAAACCAUUUCUGUUAGAAAGGGACAAGCAUUCACAAUCAGUGUUAUGGCUGUAGACCAAGCUGGAAAUCCAAUGAUUAAUGCCACAAUUCACAGUUUUGUUAUCACUGAGAGUGGAGUUGGUCGUCUCAAAGAAGGACAGGCUGAACAAACAGUUGGUAAUCAGUGCACAGAAUUAGAGUACAAUGUAUUCUCACAAGACAGCUCUGCUCAAGUGAAACUCUAUGCUGAGGGUCCAUGCAACAAUUUGGGAAUUUCAAGACAAAUUCUAAACAUAUAUUUUCAAAAAUGUGAUUGCUCUAUUGGACUCCAACCAAUUCAGUCCUCAAUUGAGUGUAAGUGUGACUGUGAUCCAGUCUUGCAACAAGAUGCAGAUAACAAACUGUUCUGAAGAAAAUGGGACCAUAAAGCUGGAAAGCAAUAACAACAUAUGGAUAGAAGUGACUAAUACCACUAACGGAAGUGGGUAUGUUGUUAGUAACUGUACAUUUGACUAUUGUGUACUAAAGCCAGUCAACAUCAGUCUAAGCAACCCUGACGAACAGUGUGACUACAAUCGAAGUGGUGUCUUGUGUGGAGAAUGUGAACCAGGACUGAGUCUUGUGUUAGGUACAUCACGAUGUGAACUCUGCUCAAACUCUUACCUUCUCCUGCUACUUCCGUUUGCCCUGGCAGGCAUAGUACUAGUUGUAUUCAUUCUCGUUUUCAACAUUACCGUAGCAACAGGCACUAUCCAUGGGCUGAUCUUCUACACUAAUAUAUUAGCUGCAAAUCAGUCUAUUUUCAUACCUUUUCAUAACCCUUUGACAGUUUUCAUAUCGUGGGUGAAUCUUGACUUGGGUAUUGAGACAUGCUUUUAUGAUGGAAUGAACUCUCAAGCAAAAGUGCUCCUUCAGAUUGUCUUUCCUGCUUACCUGUUUCUUCUGAUGUUCUUAAUAAUCAUUGUGAGCAAGUACUUCGACUCUUUUGCAAAGCUCCUCUCCAACAGGAAUCCAGUUGCUGCCCUAGGCACACUUGUCCUACUCUCUUAUUCCAAACUCUUACGGUUUAUCAUUGCUGCACUGCAACACAGGGUCUUGGAUUAUCCUGAUGGUACAAGUGAUAUAGUUUGGAUGUAUGACGGCAAUGUGCAAUAUUUCACUUCCGGUCACGUCCCUCGGUUUGUUUUUGCCGCCAUAAUCCUCAUUUCUGGUGUAGUGUUCACUGUGGUGCUCUUCUUUGGACAAUGGUUUCCUCGCUGCUCAAAAUGGAAACUCAUGAAAUGGACUAAGAACACGAAGUACAUUGGCUUCAUGGAUGCAUACUAUGCUCCAUUCACGCCCAAACAUCGCUACUGAGUGGGACUGCUCCUAUUUUCUUUUAUCGCUCAUAAUAUAAUAACUGCUCUGGCUUUGGACACUUCUCUCCCUGUUCUAUCAGCUGGUGUUCUAUCAGUUGGACUGAUCAGCUGGAAAUUACUGAACAAUCGUUUGUACAAAAACAAAAUCCGUGAUUCCCUCGAAACUCUUUAUCUACUCAAUAUUGUUUGUCUAGCAUUUGGCACCUCCUUUGUCAAAGAUACCAGAAAAAAUCAGUCAGCCCUAGCCAAUACUUCGAUGGCUAUAUCCUUUGUCAUCUUUGCAAUAACCCUCUGCUACCAUUUUUACCAAUUCGUACUCAAGAAUAUUAAUACAUGGCUGAAGAUAGAAGACACCAUAAGGAAUUUAGGAGCUAAUGUUGUAGUCAGACGAGCUAGCAAUGGUCGGGAAAUGUAUCAGCAGCUGGUAGCCGAUGAAAAUGAUGAUGAUGAAUUACUCAAAGCAGUAGACGACUAUGAACAAAGAGAUGCCUUGAACCCACCUUACACUGAUCAUGAUGGAGCCAUGGAAGAAGCUGACCCUGAUUGUUACAUCACUCCUCCCAUCAUCAGACCAGCCACAAGGCCAGACCAGAUGAUAUUACCCUACAUGGAUGAGCUAGCCCCCGUCACCACAGAGGACUACAGACCAGCCCCUCCCCCUACAAGAGUCAACCAUCGUCCUGCUGUUACAUGCACAGAAAUUGGUCCCAUACAUAAUAAAGUCUAAACUGUAGCUGAGGUACACACUUAGAUUAGAAUGAUAUAAUUGCUGAUUACAAUAUUCAUUGCUGUUUUACUAGUUUUAAUUAUCCUCUGCUAGCUGUUAUUAUGAUUUGUGAUGUGACUGUAGCUAAUUACUGUCCACAAGAUAACACACGUCAAACUCUCAAUUAUAAUUAUAGCCAACAGACAAAAAUAUCUAAUCUAGUA